AAUUUCCUGCCUUCUUCUAAAGGAUCCAUGUGGGUGGUGGAGAAGCUGCGUGUGUCAGUAGAGAAAUCGAACCUGCCUAUCCGAUCAGUAGAACUCAGCUUUAAAAUCGGUGACAUCAUGUUAGGGGACAAAAGUGACAAAUCCAAGUUGAUUUCUCUUUGUCCAAACAUCAUCACUCCUGACAACAUCCCAGAGUUCUGCAUCCCGCCGACGAUUUUAUCCCUGCAGGAGAUGAAGAACACAGAAAAGAAAGGAGCAGCUCGCACCGUCAGGGCGUCUCAGGGUGAGAGGAACAAACUGGAAACAGAAGCAAGGCUUCAUGACGUGUUUAAGCCUCACAUCAUUCAGGUAGAAAGUGUAGAUGAGAGCCCCUGUGAUGGUUGCAGUGAUGAGGAGACUACUAACGCAGAUCCCCAGAGCCAGGCGGCCUUAUCCCUCCCUCACUUGGCCAAAGCUCAGACCAGCUAUGGCUUUUGCACCUUACUUGAGAGCCCCCACACCAGGAGAAAGGAGUCCAUUUUCCAUUCUGAUCUAGGCUCCUCUCCUCUGCUGCUGCCUAGAAGUCGAUCCAGCACGUGCUCUAAACUUACCCACCCUGCCUCGCCUUGCUCCUCUCCGUCUUCGUUCAGCCUCAACAGCCUGACCUCCAGGCUUUCCCCGAGAAGCUACUCUAUGAACUGGCAGGGCCCGUUGGACAGCGACACGUCCUCUACCGAAUCCUCCCCUUUCAGCUCUCCGCUGCUGUCCAGAUGCCCUGCCAAGUCUUCCCUUUUUAAAACACUGAGCCAUGAACUGCUACUGUCAAGGAACAUAAGAAAAGCAAUGGUGUCUAGGAAUAACUCCCUGUCCACAGAUGAGGGCAGCUCCACAGAUAACAGCCCAAACAUCAUAAGGAGGACGUCGGAGGGGAUGACUGAAGGCCUGCCCAGCAGUCAUAGUCUGGCACCACCCAACAUUUUCCCCAUGGACUUAACACUGCACAGAGAGAGGGCAAUGCAGGAAAAAAUGGUGACAAUAGGAAAAGAUGGGAGUCUGAGACUCUCAGCAGAGUACUGUCCAGAUAACCAAAGGCUACGGGUUCGACUGAUCAGUGCUGAGGGCCUGUAUCCUCUCUCUGUGGACCCCAAGAUCAUCAACUGCAGUGUUAGCAUUUCUCUGGUCCCAGGAAAAGUCCAGAAGCAGCGCAGCACAGUAAUAAGAAAGAGCCGCAAUCCAAUAUUCAAUGAAGAUUUCUUCUUUGAUGGUGUCUCGGAGGAAGAGCUCAGCCAAAGAUCGCUCCGGUUUAAAGUAGUGAACAAAAUGUCCACCCUGAAAAGAGACUAUCUCCUUGGAGACUGUGAUGUGCCUCUGUCAAGCAUUGUAACAUUAUAG